AUGUUUUAUCAACCCGGAGUCACCGAUCACAAUCUUCCACAUGAUCCAUUCAAGGCUUGUGUCGUGCCCCGCCCGAUCGGGUGGAUUUCAACCAAGAACAAGGAGGGUCAGACAAAUCUAGCUCCAUAUUCACAGUUCAACAAUCUCACAUUUGACCCGCCGUAUGUGAUGUUCUCUUCCAAUCAAACUGUCAACGGUACACGAAAAGAUACAGUCAUCAAUGCAGAACAGACCGGCCGUUUUGUGUGGAAUCUGGCGACCUGGGAUCUGCGCGAGGCAGUAAAUAUCUCAGCAGAGCAGGUACCAUAUGGAGUCGAUGAGUUUGAGCGUGCAAAAGUGACCAAGGAACCUGCAACAUUGAUGGACGUGCCGAUGGUUCAAGAGUCACCAGUCAAGUUUGAAUGCGAAUACCAUUCCACUGUCCGAUUGCCGGGAAACCCCCCCAUGGGGACGGUGGAUGUAGUCAUUGGACGUGUUGUGGCUGUCCAUAUCAAAGAUGAGGUAUUGACAGAUGGGAUUUUGGAUAUUCGGAAGACCAAGCCGAUCGCACGUUGUGGAUAUUAUCAGUAUACUGUGGUCCAAGAAACAUUCGAUAUGGUGAUUCCCGGCAUAUCAGAAGAUGUGCUAUACGGCUUGGAAGGGAAUGCAAGGCGCAACCGCGAGGCCGAAUCACGAAAUACCGAGUGA